CUGAUUCAACCAUGUUUCUUUCGGUUGUGCUGGGAUGGCUUUGCAUUUUCUUUAUCAUCCUUCAACUCAAAUCCCGAAGGCCCAAGAACUUUCCACCAGGACCCCCAAUCCUGCCCCUUGUGGGAAACCUUCUGCAGCUGAAUCUGAAGAACCCGUUAAAGGACUUUGAGAGGCUAAGGAAGUCUUAUGGAGAUGUCUACAGUAUUUUCAUUGGUCGAAAACCAGCUGUAAUCAUCAAUGGGAUGAAAGCCAUAAAAGAAGCGAUAGUGACCAAGGCUACUGAUUUUGCUGGACGACCACAAGACUUGUUUAUUAACAAUAUCACCAAGAGGAAAGGGGUCAUUAUGGCAGAUUAUGGCUCUAGCUGGAGGGAACAUCGUCGUUUUGCUUUGAUGACUUUGAGGAAUUUUGGUCUGGGGAAGAAUUCAAUGGAGGACAGAAUUCACGAAGAGAUAAAACACAUCAUUAGUACCCUGGAAAAGAGCAUUGGUAAAACCAUGAGUCCUCGAGUUAUGUUCCACAAUGCGGCCUCCAACAUCAUCUGUCAGGUUCUGUUUGCUACACGUUACGAGUAUGAUGAUGCACUAAUCAAACUGGUUGUUGGAUGCUUUACUGAGAAUACCAAGAUAACCAAUGGUCCAUGGGCUAUGCUGUAUGACGCUCUCCCGUUAAUUCAUUACCUACCACUGCCCUUUAGGAAGGCCUUCAAGAAUGCUGAGACUUUAGAAAAUCUUGUACUUGGUUUUAUGAGGGAGCACAAGAGGACCAGAGUCCCCGGAGAGCCACGGGACUUUAUUGACUGCUAUCUGGAUGAACUGGAGAAGAGAGGCAACGAUGGUUCUUCAUUUUCAGACGCACAGCUCAUUAGAUACACUUUAGAUCUUUACUUUGCUGGGACUGACACUACGUCCAACACCCUACUUACUGGUUUUCUUUAUCUAAUUAACUACCCACACAUACAAGAACGAUGUCAGCAGGAGAUCGACAAAGUGCUGGAAGGGAAAGAUCGGGCCAGUUUUGAGGACAGGCACAAUAUGCCCUACAUGCAGGCGGUGAUUCAUGAAAUACAGAGAGUUGCCAACACUGUUCCUCUCAGUGUCUUCCACUGCACCACUGGAGACACGGAGCUAAUGGGAUAUUCCAUUCCCAAGGGUACAAUGAUCAUUGAGAAUCUGACCUCAGUGCUCAACGAGGAGGGACAGUGGAAAUUCCCACAUGAAUUCAACCCUGAAAACUUCCUUAAUGACCAAGGAGAGUUUGUUAAACCAGAGGCUUUCAUGCCUUUCUCUGCAGGUCCUCGGAUGUGUCUUGGAGAGGGUCUGGCACGUAUGGAGCUCUUCCUCAUCAUGGUGACUCUGCUGAGGAAGUUUAAGUUCACGUGGCCUGAGGACGCAGGAGAGCCAGACUUCACUCCAGUCUAUGGGGUCACUUUGACUCCUAAACCUUAUCACAUGAAGGUCCAACUCAGGACAUCACAGUGAGGAAAGUCCUGGUUUUAACGUUUAUCUAGGAAACUAUGAAUCCAAAGAUGAGAGAGCUCUCUUCAUUACCCCUUCUAUUGCAUUAGUGAAACAAGAAAUAAACAUA